AUGUAGAAAUUAUUUACAAAAAUUUGGGUAAUAUUAUUUCAAUAUUUAGCAUCCCUAUUAAAUAAAAAAACUUCUAUUAAUUUUUUUAGAAUAAAAGGAUAGAUUUUAUGGAAAUCAUGGAUUUGUGAAAUUUUGGAAUAAAUAAUAAUCCUUCAAAGAUUUGUUUUUAUAUAGAAAAAAGCGAUUUUCGAUUUCCUUAUGAUUAGGUUUUAAGCUUGUGUAUUUUAGUUAAUAGCUUUUUCAUUAGAAAAAAAAAAUAGAUUAGAAGAAGCUAUCAAUUGUUGGGAUAUAGGGAUUGAAUCAAAUAAAAAUAAAUUUGGAUUUACAAGAAUAAUGUAAUAAUAUGGUUAUUAAUUUGAUUUAGUAAGGCUUUUAGAAAAAAAACUAACAAAUGUAAAUUAUAUAAAAACAUAGUAAAUUAAAGGAAUUACUCAAUAAUAAUUGGAAUGAUGCAUUUUAAAAUGAUUUUAAAUAAAAGGCUUAUUACUUUAAAGGUAUUACAAUUACUAUACUAUUUUAUUUAAUAAAAAAUUUUAGUAAAUGUCUUAUAAAAUUAAGUGAGGUAAGAUGAAAUCAUUAAAUAUUGGGAAGAUUUUACUAAAUAUAAACUAGAAUGAUAUUUAUUUCUAUUAAUAAAAAGGUAUAUUUUCUUCAAUUUUUUAGCUUAGCGUUUAUUUAACAAAACCAUCUUUUUAAUUUAGAAAAAUUUGGCAAAUAAGAGAAAUUUAUAAAAUGUUGGGAUAAAGGUAUUGCUAAAAACUUAAAUAAUCUAAACUAUUAUUUAUAUAAAAGUAUUAAAAUUCAUAUUUAGCUGCUUCAUUAAAAAAUUAAAAAAAAGUAUAUUCAAAUUAAAAGACAAGAUAAAGAAACUUAAAUUAUAAAUAUUUGGUAAAAAGCAAUAUAAUAUAAUCCAAAUAAAAAAUUAUUUUACUUUGAAAAAGUUAAAUUUAACUCUCAUUUUAUUUAAGUAAAGCAUUAGAACAUUAAUAAAAAUAUGAAGAAAUAAUUAAAUUUUGGGACGAUUAUAUUUUAAAGAAUAAAAAUGUUUAAUAGGCUGUGUUGGAAAUAGGUAAUUAGAUUCUAAAAUUUUAGUUUUUCCAUUAGUUAAAUAGGGAAAAUAUGAACAAACAAAGGAUUUUUGGAAUUCAACUCAUAAUAGUUAAUUUAAUUGUUUCUAAUUCUAUAUUAGAUUAAGUAAAUUAAAUAUAUAACGGAAAGCAAAAGCAUUAGAAUAAUAAGCUUAUGUUCAAGAAAUAAUUAAAAUUUGGCAAUUAGGUAUUUAAAGCAAAUCAUAUGAAAAAGAUGCUUAUUAUAUAAAAAAAUGUAUCUAAUUUUUAUUAAUGUCACAGGUGAAGCUCUUUAGAAUUAACUUAAAUUUUAGGAAAUUAUUGAUUGUUGCGAUAAUGAAUUUAAGAAUUUGCAAAUAAUAUUUAAAAUUAUAAUCAAAAAUGUUUGAUAUUCAUUAUUGCUAAUUAGAAAAAGCAAUAUUUAUUUAAGGUAAAAGAUAAGAAUAGAACCCAAAAAAUUCUUAAUUGUUGGGAUUUUAGAAUUCAAAAAAAUAAAACUUAAUUAGCAUUUUAUAAAGGCAAAAGUAAAAUUUUUCAUCAAAUAUUUACAGUAAGCUUUAAAUCGAAAAUGAAAAAAAAUGGCUGUAAAAAGUUGAAGAAAUAUGA